GAACAGCUUCCAGACUCCCUUUGUUUACCGUCGGAUAGAAGCUUUUUAGAUGUUUGAGCUGAAAUAUUCAGUGUCUGCAGGAACAACAUGUUUGGUUAGAGGGAAAAAAGCGUUUCUGCAGAAAUAUUAAAAACCAAAUAGAUCGAACCUCAGCUCGGUCUGCUGAGCCCAACUGGACCCGAACCGUCUCGGAACCGACCCGAACCGUCCUGGAACCGGCCCGAACCGGAACAGACCCCAACCGACCCGAACCGUCUCGGAACCGACCCUAACCGGAACAGACCCCAACCGACCCGAACCGUCCCGGAACCGGCCGGCUUUCCACUGCGUCAUGUCGAUCUGUGAUGGUCCUGCUGAUCAAAUUCUCAUAGCUGAAGAGAGAAACUCCACUGUUGACCAAAAGAUGCCAAACGUUACAGAAAUAAAGGAGGAACAGGGAGAACCAGGCCUACAGCAGGUGGCUGAGACGAAAGAUGGACCACAACCCAUCAAACAAGAGCAUGUUGAACUGUGGACCUUUCAAGAUGAAGAACAAUUUUUACUCAAGCAGGAAACCAGAUCCUCUCUGGUAACUCAUGAAGAAAGAGUCCUCAAUGUACCAAAGGUGGAAAUAAAGGAGGAACUGGGACCUGCAGAUCAAGGAGAAUUAGAACCUUUCAGGAUUAAAAAGGAACCAGAACUUGUCCAGGCACAAAAUGACCCAGAACUGAUGAAUAUAAAAGAGGAUUUCUGCAUUAAUCAGGAUAAAGAUCAGCUCGUAGUGAAGCAGGAGUCUAACAGCAUUUUGGUGACUUCUGAUGACAGUGAAGCAGAACCGAACAAGAACCAACUCCUCUCUGCAAAUGGCCUCAAAGCUGAGGCUCAACAUCAGCAAGAAAGCAAUCAGAAAGACUCGGGAAGCAACGAUGCAGAUCUGGAGCCAAAGUCUUGUGAAUUAAGGGUCAAACAUCACAGAAAGCAUCAAUACGUACCUGUGGACAUGGAAAGCCACUCAUAUGAGCAGGCUUAUUCUUGUAAGUUUUGUCAUAAGUCUUUUAGACACAGCAGUAGCUUGACUCGUCACAGAAUAAUUCACAGGGGAGAGAAGCCUUAUUCGUGUGACACAUGUGACAAAUCUUUUAGAUACAUUGGUAGCUUGACUCGUCACAAAAGAAUCCAUGUGGGAGAGAAGCUUCACUUCUGUGAGUUGUGUGAUAAAUCCUUCAGAAAACUCUGUGGUUUGAUUUGUCACAGAAGAACUCACAUGGGAGAGAGGCCUUAUUCUUGUGAUUUGUGUGGUAAAUCUUUUCGACACGGCAGUAGUUUGACUCGUCACAAAUUAAUUCACAGAGGAGAGAAACCUUAUUCUUGUGACACUUGUAAGAAAUCCUUUAGAUACUGCGGUAGCUUGACUCGUCACAGAAUGAGUCACUGGGGAGAGAAGCUUUAUUCUUGUGAGUUGUGUGCUCAACGUUUCAUUACUAAAGCCAGCCUGAAAGAUCACUACAAAACUCACACAGGAGAUCAAAUGUAUCUCUGUGACUCUUGUGAUCAAUCUUUCAUGACUGAGUCUGAUCUGGUAGAUCACAACAGCACUCAUACAGAUCAGAGGCCUUAUUCUUGUGACACUUGUGAUAAAUCUUUUAGACACAGCAGUAGUUUGGCUCGCCACAGAAAAAUUCACAAAUCGUUCAUGACUGAGACUGUUCUGAAAGAUUAUCAUAAUCUUUCAGAAACCCUCACAGAUGAGAAGCUAUAUCAGUGUGACACUUGUGAGAAAUUUUUCAAGACUGAGUCUAAUCUGAAAGAUCACUAUGUUGCUCACACGGGUGAGAAACCUUAUUCCUGUGACACUUGUAAUAAAUCCUUUAGACAUUGCAGUAGUUUGGCUCGCCACAGAAGAAUUCAUGAUGAAGACAAGCUCUUUUCUUGUGAAAUUUGUUAUAAAUCUUUCAUAACCAAGACUAUUCUGAAAAAUCAUCAUAAAAUUCACAUGAGAAAGAAACUUUGUCCUUGUGACAUUUGUGAUGAAUCUUUCAUGAGUGAGACAAUUUUGUUAGAUCAUUAUGCAACUCACAUGAUUGAGGCGUCUUGUUCUUGAGACACUGCAGUAGUUUGGCUCUAAAUUCCCUACAAAUGGUGUUCUCAGGUGUUUUACAGAGCAAACGUGUCUGAUUUAUAAAAUAAUCUUUUAUCAAAUUGAUUCCAUUCAGUCUUUGUUAUAAUCCAGUGCAGCCAAGUUGAGUUUCUAUCAAAGGAAGUCCAGUUGAAUUCAUUGAGUAGAUAAAUUACUGCAGCAAUCCCUCUUACUGAACAUGUGUUUGACGAAAGUAAAUGUUUCUUUUUGAAAGAAACUCCUACCAUUGUCACCACCAUAUUUUAUUUCGGCUCUUUUUUUAAAAGUUUUUGUUGGCUCUAGUGGUAUGUGGUGAACUCACAUACCACAACACCCCCAAAUACACUCUUUUUUAUACACCAGUAAACGUUCAAAUGUCUGGUUGAAAGGGCAAUAGCGACAUAUAGUUGUCUGGACAUGAACACACAUGGUGUCAGUUGACCUUUUUGGUUUUAAUCAACGGAGCGGUGACAGAGUUACGGUGAAGCCAUGGAGACUGUACAUCUUGGUGCUGGAUCCCAGUUGGUAGACCAGUCCUCCUCCUCUGUCCUUGGUUGUGGAAAACUCUCCUGAAUGGUUUAAAUCAAGGUUUUUCAAAGUAUAGGACAGCCAGUUGCUCAUCUAUCUCCCUCUCCCUUUAAUUUUUUUCAUCCCAUCUUAUUUUUCUUUUACUGUUGGAUUUUCUUCCUGAUGCUGUUUUUUGUUUUAUGUAAUUAUUUUUUGCUUAUAUUUUGGUAAAGGAUCGACUUUUUGCAAAGUCCUCUAUGAAAGAAGGUUUUGUUUUUUGCAUUGUGUCAAUGUAUCGUUUCAAAUGGACUAUUAAACAUUUCAAACGUCUCA